CACAGUCAGUAUAUAGACUCGGGGUGCCCCUCUGACCCUUGGCGAGUACUCCGUCGUAUCCUUCCGUCACUCGCUUUUACAUUCGCGCGCCUGCGAUUGCCAUUCGUUACUCUUGUUGAAAGUCGUCGGUCAUUCAGUACUACACCUUGUAAUAAUCGUGUAAUACCUAUAACCAUCGCUCGGUACCAGAAGUUCUACUCCCCCCAACGGCACACUGCAUCCCAACAAAAUGUCUCUGAAGUUCUUCUCCCUCGCUCUUGCAGCCGUCGCAACUGCGUCGCCAUUCGAUUCCAUGGCGAAAGCCACGAAUGAUGACCCUUACGAGGCAUGCCAGCCGCAAGGAGCGACGGGCGCAACUCCACCAGCAGUCGGCACAGAACUCAGCUCUCUCUACACCGACGUCCUCUCCUCGAUUCAGGGCAUCUCUUUCGACAAGCGAUCUGUACACGGACGUGCUGACGGUUUCGGUUGCCGUCAGAGCCUGGACUGUGUCAACGUGAAGAACAUCAACAUUCCCAUGUGCUACGACAAGUUCACCACCAACUUCCAGUUCCCAGAUGGCUCUUACGGAAAUGUCGCUGCCGGAACCUACAGCUCUGGCGGCACCGAUGUCAAUCUCAUCAGCGGAGAUUACACAAAGGACGGCCAAAGCGCCAACAUCUACGCGAACAACGAGGCUGAGAAGCCAAACACUUCGACCCUUUCGGUCCCUGCACAGUACACCGGUACUGGUGUGGGUGGAGCGGUCCCAAUUACAGAACUUGGAAAGGUCAUCGUCUACACAACCACUGUCCCCGCCGUCACAUACUCGGCACCGACCACGGUCGCGGAAACCAUCGAGACGGCAACUGUCAGCGGAGUCGAGGUCAAAACCACUGUACCCGCUACCACCGUUACGCAAGCCACAACAAUCGCCGCUAAGACCAACGUUGUGACGCAAACUCCCGAAGCUUCGGAUGCCUCGCCCCAAUCUACUGGAGCUGCCGGACAGAUGUCUGUGGACACAACAAGGUCUUUUGGAAUGUCAGUGAUCGGCGCUUUGCUAUACGCGCUUUUGUAAGCAGUUUGCUCUCCGAUGUCAUGCGCAUCGCAGUGAACUGUUUGAGUAGAGUAGCGUCAGGAGUUGUAUUCGAGGCAAUCCCGAAUGGAUGAUACCCGCUGGAUCCUUAGCACAUGCAUGUCGUAUACAUCUUGUAGCAGUCCAGCAUUGAUGCGCCACGCUUAAUGAAUAAUAUCGUACCCUUGAUAUCCACGUCUUCUCUUUUUCUCAUGUGAAUUUCGACAACACUUCCUGCAUCGUUCUCACUUCCUCAGUGUCCAC